CACAAUAUUUUGGUGUAAUUAUUAUUUACACGAAAUUGGCAAAUGAAUUAACAGAAAAGCUGAUUUUAGUAAGAAUUUAAACGUUUGCUAAUUGAAAUUUAAACAAAUUUGAGUUGCUUAAAUUGAAGUAGUUUCAUGAGCGGCCUUAUGCAUAUUUCGUUGGAGGUACUUUUGGGUAUACGGUACACACAUGCAUAAUGUCUUAGAAGUUACGAUAUUCUAAGUCCUAAUGUCUUAAAAGUUAUCGUAGUUACGAUAUUUUCGACAUAUAUUAAUACUAAAAUGUGCCUGUAAAUUGUUCAAUACUGUCGUUCCACAUGUGUUCGCUGAUUUAUCCCAUUAAAUCUUUCAAAGAUGCCUUAGACGAUAACGUUCGGUACGAUGGUAGAAAGUUUAAUGCCUACAGACCUUUAACUAUUACGACGGGUUCUUUUACUAAUGCCAAAGGUUCUAGUUGCGUUAAGAUUGGGAAUACAAACAUUGCUUGUGGUGUUCGUGCAGAAUUUGCUAAACCGAAUCCUGGAUCACCAAGCAAAGGCUAUGUUGUCUCAAAUGUGGACAUGUCAUUUUUGUCGACUUCUGCUAAACCAAAACUGAGGAUGACAUCAGAUAUGAUUAAUAGUUUAAUAUACAACAUUCUUGUAGACCAGUCUGUAAUAAAACUAGAACAAUUGUGUAUUCAACGAAAAAAGCUGGUAUGGGUUUUAUUUAUAGAUAUAAUUUGCUUGGAAAUUGAUGGUGGAUUGCUGUCUACUGCAAUGAUAGCUUGUAUUGCUGCCCUUAAAGAUUUAAAAUUACCAAAGGUUAUAUAUGACACAGAUACUGACAAAAUUGAAAUUGGUGAUGACUUUCAAAAGCUGUCAUUAGGGAGAUCUCCUACAUUAAGCACAUACAGUAUAUUUGAAGAAAAAGUUUUAAUGGACCCAUCAGCCGAGGAGGAACACAUCGCACACUCACAGGUUGCAAUAGGUGUUGUCAAUGAUUCAAUUGGGUUAUUUAUUAAGAGCGGAGGGGAACCUGUGCACAUUGAUCAAUUAAAUAGUUGCAUCGUUGAUGCAGCACGAAGAGAUGUCGAAGUAACCAGUAUUAUCAACACCGUUACGAAUGAUACUUAAUUGCAAAUAUAUUUAAAGUUAAAACAUAAACUUUGUAACAUUUAAGUUUGAUAACAAAACUAUAUAAAAUAUUUUUCUAAA